AUGACGUCUGGUCUCCUGGUGCAUCCUCCCUAUGGGCCUGCUGCUUGGUCUUGCAUCCUCCCUUCCCGGCGGAGCAAGCUUGUCCUGAGCCUCCUGGACCCGGUACGCUGGCAGAGGCCUUUGCAUCUUGGCAUGCGCCUCUCGAAGAAGGAGACGCAGAAGUACAAAUUUGCAGUUUGCCCACAGCCAUUGUACAGACUUGAAAAUCACCGGGAUAUGCUGGAAGAGUGGCUCGACUACCACAGAGACAUGGGCGUCGAGCAUUGGACGAUUUAUGAUCUUGAUGGCUCUGGCGCUCCAGCGUUGUCCCGCCGCGCUGAUGUCGAGUUUCACCCAAACCUUCCAAACAUCUUGGGUUCCCCGCGGUUGGCUGAAGGCAACUGGUGGAAUCCAAUCUGCUUGGAAGCGCUUGCACUUACUCAAUGCUUCUGGCGUUAUCGUGGCAGGGCAUCCCUGGUCUUCAACAUGCACAGCUUCGAUGAAUUUCUCGUGUCUGCAAAGCAUAGGCAAGGUGGCUUGAAGAGGUGGAUGUCAGUGAACUCAAUGGACAACCUUGCCACCGUGGUGAGGCUUCCAGCCGUAAACUACGGGGGCUCGGUCACUGAACCCGACACCCCGCUCGUGUGGCGAUUUCGGCGGCAUACAGGCAGACUGUACUGGCACAUUGUGGGUGCCAACCCAGACCAUGUCCUCUCCGUAAACACCACCAAUGCAUGGCCAGAGCCUCCCCACAAGCAGCUCCAGUUCUUCCAGCCCGAUGUCCUGCGGGUAAACCAUUACAUUGAUGCGCUGGGCGCCCGCGACCAACGCAAGGACCAGUUCGUCCACCAGGAUCCAGAGCAAGUACUGGGCUGGGCUGCACAGAGGCUGCAGCAGUCUCGGCAGGAGAGGACAUCCCGGAGGGACCGGCAGCUCAGAAAUACCGCUGGCCCUUUGCUGGCGGCUGCGCUGAGGGCUGCAGAACUCGAGCCCGAAGUGCCCGAGCAGGCCAGAAAUUUCUCUGCGCUCUUGGACGCCGCCUUCAACAGCAUGUCACCAGCUCUUCGUGUGGCCUUCCGUGUGGCCGAACCUGCGGAAGAGGAACAUGUGCGGAAGGUGUUGGGUGAUGGUUUCACCAGCUGCGACACUGACCAGGACAACACUCUGUCCCUUCCAGAGUUCCAAGCCUGCGCGGAACCGCAUGGUUGGGAUGCCCAUCUCCAGCGAAGGGACUUCCACUAUGUGGGUCUUUUUCUUCUCACCUGGGCCAGCCAGGUACCAGCAAAGUCCCUCUUCAGUGGCAUGGAUGUUCAGCCGAGCAAUGGACGGCUGACAAGAGAGGAGUGGGAGGAAGGUUGCUUGCGGCUGUGUGCACAACAAGAGGUCGCGAGCGCCGCGCAGCUCUUGGUC